GGCAGAGAGGACAGAUGCGUUUCCUGCAUUCCCUGUCGGGUGCUCACAGUCUCACAUUGCCGGCGACCGUCACGCUGCACUGCUGCCACAGCAUCAAACGCUCUAAGUCAGGCAAGCUUUGUGGGAGAGGCACAGCGAUGGAAAACUUGAAUGUCCCAUUCCCAGAUCUUACUGAAGAACAGCAAGACAUUUUCCAGAGGGUUUUCCCUGCUGAUGCCGAUUACUUGGAGAAUCAUGAGAAAACGAACCGGUCCUUCUGGGAAUCACUUAUAAAAUGUUUAGCCACCACUGACCCACCUAUCCUGAAGACUGAAGAAAAGAACAAUCUCCUCAACAGCUGCAGUGUCCUGCCUGGAGGCUGCGCAGCCUGCCUGAAAGCCAUAGAGAAGAAAGGAGUCAUGGCAAUGGCUGUGCUUUACCUCUUGCUGAAGACAACCAACCCAGCUGGAUACAGGCAGCUGCCCAGCUCCAAGGGAAAGGAUGAAAAAUUGAAACACCUGAAGAGAUUGGAAAGGAAUCUUAUGCUUUCCCAAGGGGAAGAAGAGGAUGAAAAUUCAUCCCAUGAGUCCAUGGAUGAAGAUACACAAGGCAGCGAUGAGGAAGAUUUAGGAAGACAGAAGACCAAGGGGCGAUUACUUGGAGGUGUACCAGCAGAGGUUGUUCCCUACAGAGAUUCAGAGAUUACCAGAAGAGAAGACUCAAUGGAGAAUGCAUACGAGAACGAAAACACUCGCCUCCCUCAGUGGACAGUACGGUGGAUGGGCAUACGGAAGGAUGAUGAAUUCUUUCAUUUUGUCAUUCUUUGCUUUGCGAUUGGAGCUUUACUGAUUUGCUACUACUACUACAAAGAUUGGACUAUUUCUCUUGGAAUUGGUUUGAUCACCUUUGCUUCCCUGGAAACCACUGGAAUAUACUUCGGUCUGGUGUAUCGAAUUCGGAGCGUGCUUGACAGCUUUGUUCCUCUGAUUGACAAACUCAGGCCAACAGGUAUGAGGAAAGCCGUCUGGAAGGAGUAAUUCAGGGGAUUUCCACAAAACCCCACUCUCUGAAUGGCUAGUGUUAAAAGAACUGCUUUAUGAAGCAAACAUAAAAUCCUAAUGGCUAAUGUGCAAUAUUGAGAUGGUAAACCCAGAAAGAGAUCAUUCCCUCAAAAAUAAAUCUGAGACUGUGGUACAGGAUCCCAUUCUUUCUUCUGGAGUGAUUCGUGGCUCAGCAGAGCUCUAGCUGAAGGUUUAUAUUUAAUUCCAUUAAAUAUAAACACAUUCUCUUUCCCUCUCCCGUGCAACCGUGUCAGCCUGCCCAUGCUGUAUCAAAAUCAACAAAAUGACCAAUGUUACCCUCAGCUUGUUCUGGAUUAGGCUCUGGAUGUUUCAGUAGGAAUCUUGGCAGCCACCGAGCCGCCUCCUCUUCGCCCCUUGUGAUGCUGGGAGCCAGGCAAACACCAGCUGGCUGCUUACACAGCUGAGCCCCAACAGUGCAAUAGCACUGAAGCAGAUUAAUUUAUUGUGGCAGAACUCAAUAUAGUGGGUGUAGAACGAUUUCACCCAGUGAAAGCUGGGUGAGAUUUUACAUGCAGUGACAUAAUGGUGCAGUAAUGAGAUUAUUAACAGCAGCAAAUUUCAUCUCUUCUUCUGAGGGGAAAAAUAAAGUGCUUGAUUUGAUCCAUCCGCCAACAUAUUUUUUUUUCUUUGAGGAAAAUAAAGUGCAACUUUGACAUUCCUUUCUUUCUAUAGGGGCAUGUUACACGUUCUGUCUGUAGGCUAAUGCAAUUAUAGGCAGACUGCAAAAA